AUGCCACUCCCCUGGCGUCUCGUCAACACGACGGACAGGCUCAAGGCCAUGCUCGACGUCCUCAACCCGCAUCUCUCUUCCUCCGCCAACCGCCUCUACAUCUCCAUCCAAGGAACCAAAGACGUGCCUCCCGCGACAGUCGCUCUCCUCCUCCUGCACGUUGCUCCUACUAGCGACGCGUCCGAAGUGACCUAUAUCAUCGACAUUUACACCAUUGGCACAAAGGCAUUCACCACGCUGGGAUCUGACAGGAGAAAUAGUCUCAAGAUGAUCCUCCAGUCGCCAUUCCACCAGAUUGUCGGUUUCGACAUGCGCCACGACUUCACCUUCCUCGAAGCCAACUACGGCAUCAAGACAGCCCUAGCCUUGGACAUUCAACUCAUGGAAUGUCUCAGCCGGCCCGCCAAUACGAUAGGAGGGACAGACCUCGUCGCCUCCGACCUACCAAGCUGCAUCGCGCAUCUCGACGCGCCGCUCAGGGUCAUUUGGGAGGAGGCGCGCGCGCACAACGCCAGUGUACCCUUGUGGUGUCGACGCCAUCGCUGGACUACGCGGCCCCUCGCGCUGCAUCCUCUCAACAAUGCCGUGCAGGAAUUGAGGAUGCUGCCGCGGCUGCUGGGCUUGUAUAGGCGCCGCAUGUCGGAUAAGCAGUUUGAAAACGUUUUGGUCGCGACGGGGGAAUGGGUGGGUUCUGUGUCGUUCCAGGGAGGGAUUGGGGUUGUCGUGCAAGGAGGGCGGUCGUACCAUGAUCAGGGAGAGUGGCUGGCACGGUUCAAGGUGGCAAGGUGA